AAAAAGCAGGAGGUUUUUGUUGUUAGUGGCAGUCACAGUUUAGCUGCAGCACUUCAAGACACGAGUUUGUUGAAUAUUCUGACUGCGGUGGAAGUGCUCCCAGUUAUACUUCCUGAAUUUAACUAAUCCUUCAGCUAGACCGUGCGUGUGUGUGUGUGUGUGUGUAUUUGGGAAUUUAAUUCUUCGACAAAAGAUCUUUUCACUGCAAGCCGUACUCAUCGAACAACAAUAAAUCUGAGAUCAUGUGUGACGAACUAACAAAGGAACAAACUGCUCUGCUGCGCAAUGCGUUUAACGCAUUCGACCCGGAAAAAAAUGGGUACAUUAACACGGCUAUGGUUGGCACCAUACUGAGCAUGUUGGGCCAUCAGCUGGACGAUGCCACGUUAGCCGAAAUCAUUGCUGAGGUCGACGAGGAUGGCUCCGGGCAAAUUGAGUUCGAGGAGUUUACGACACUGGCAGCACGUUUCCUCGUCGAGGAAGAUGCCGAAGCAAUGAUGGCCGAAUUGAAGGAGGCCUUUCGACUAUACGACAAGGAGGGCAAUGGCUAUAUAACAACCGGAGUUUUGCGUGAAAUUCUCCGUGAGCUCGAUGACAAGCUGACACCCGCCGACUUGGACAUGAUGAUUGAGGAAAUCGAUUCAGAUGGCUCGGGCACUGUGGACUUUGAUGAAUUUAUGGAAGUUAUGACGGGCGGCGAUGAUUAAACUCUUUUGAUAACAUUAUUAUUUUUACAAUUCGUUUAAUUGGCUACCUUUUGGUAAACUGAACAAAUUACAUUGAAAUCCAAAUUCGUGCUACAGAAUUUCAACAAUAUUUUUCAAGUAAUAGACUUGAACACCAUUUCGAAUUAUCUGUUAAAGUAUUUAAUAUAUUUUCUGAUUUUGGUGACCGUGAUGAAUCAAGUUUAAUACUCAAUCCCUAAUAUUUGUACUUUGCACCAUUUUAUUAAGAGUAAAUUAAAUAAACGGACGUGUAAACAAUUAUGGAAUAAAAGCACAGAACAAUUUUAUUCUAAGACUCAGCAAAAGGCAACACAAAUUAGUAUUAUUUAAAAAAAAAACGCAAAAUCUAAACCACUUUUGAACUAUUUAGAUCUCCAAGUGGAAUAUCGUCUUAUUUUAUACUAUUAGUAAUAAAAAUGCAAAUUUGUAAUAUAAUUAACAAAA